AUGUCAACUCCCAACUCACACCCCACCGAGCAAAGUCACUAUGUGGCAGACUUAACACCUCAUCCUCAUUCCACCGGACAGGAAAUUUUCCCUGUUGGGAUGUCCCCGCAUGAAUUCCCACAGGGUCAUCCCCUCCAUAUUCCUCUAGGCCAAUCUCCGACUUGUGCAGCAAAUCAGAAACCAUCCACCGGCCAUACGGCUUCCCAAACACCCGCUACUGCACAAUUUCGGCCUGUUUUGUACACUCCAUCGCCACUCGGAAAUGGCACCGCUAAUCAAUCUGAAUGUGACCCACAACUCGCCCCUUCCAAAUCCAACCAACCCUUCUCUAGCGGCUAUGUUGCUCCAUCCUCGACUGGUAGUUUGACUCCGAUGAUGUCUUUUGAGCCAGGUGCAACUCCAGCCGAGCCUGCUAAGAAGCCCAGGAAGAAGAGGGCACCUCGUAAGAAAGCCCCAACCCAGCCCCUCGAAAACGCUCCUCCUCCGGAAACUGUCCCAAGCAUCACUCAUCCAAAGGAAACCAUCAUCGAUCCCACUGACCCUACACAGCGACCCAAACGACAUCGUGUUGAUGCUGAAACACUUGAUAAAAUCUGCGGAGAGCCACUGGACCAACUUCGGGCUCGGGCGGUCAAGUACGCCGAGUAUGAGCGCCUGACUGCUGAAGACAAGCUUGCACUUGAUGAAGCUUAUCGUGAGUAUCAGACGCAGGUCCACCUAAUUGCUAUUGAGCGCAAACUACACCCUAAACCAGUCUUGCAGUAUCUUGGUAACGAGGUUCGAAUUCGUGGCCCAUCCAAUUUCAAUAAUUUCUGUGUUUACGACCAGGUUGCCGGUCCGAUUUACCAUGACAAAACGAUGUCCAUUUCUGAUCGGAUGAGCGAGUGUGCCCGCCUGUGGCACCUCCUGGACAAGACUACCCAAAACCAGUGGAGGGACCAGGACUUUCUAGACUCCAUUUCUCCUCCUGACAAUAUCGCUCCACCAGCACAAGACGGUGCUGAAGCUGUUGCUCAAUGGAAGAAACGCGAUAAGUUUAAGUUGACAUUAUGGAUACGCAAGAUCAAAAGAGAUCUCAAAAAUCUAAGUGUUUCGCACCAGGUCGAAGGAUUCUUUGUUUUAGCUUCGCGUGAUCCUGACUCCCCUAUCAUCAAGACGGGAGGCAGUCUCAUGGCCGAGGAGUUUCUGGAUCUCAUGGCUGCCAAUACAAAUCCUUGUAGCUUGUUCUACAGAUUUGUGAAUGGACAACAAGCCAUCAAGGACAUCUCUGGAUCGUACCCUAAACCAAACAAUAAAAGGAAACGUCGAAGCGGUAAAGACGAUGGUGAAAACUGCCCCCAUGAUCUUGGUAGCAAGAAAGCGAACAUUGAGGCUGUCCGGGAGAAGCUCAAGGGGGCACUUCGCCAAGCUACACACGGUGUCUGGCAGGGUGGAUGGCCAGGGACCAAGACCGAGAGUACCCUGGCCAGUCUAGGAGUGACAUUGCAGGUCCAACAGAAUGACAAAUGUGUGCUUCCGAACGACUUCUGCGCACGUCCCUCAGACAUGCGGAACGCACAAGCUCAAUGCAUCCUGACGGCGUUUGCGGAAGGGUGGGUGCGACUGCUCGGUCCCCCUCCGCCUGAGGUUGGCGUUGGCAUGAUAGGCCACGAAAUCGAUGACGACGACUCUGAUGCCAGCCCAACUCGAGUUACGAUCACGGCUGCUAAGCGGCCCAAAGUUACUAAGAAGCAGCAAGCUAAGAAAAGAGCUUCGGCUGCUGGUGAUGAAACUCGACCAACACCUGAGCCCGAGCCCAUCAAGCAGAAGCGUGCUGUUGCUGAAAAAAAAUCACUUUCAACACAGUCAGUUGGGAUCAUCAGGCAACCCAGAUCGGUCACUCCUCCGGAUUCUCAAUCACCAACUCCCAGCAUCGAUAGGUUGGCAAAUAGCGAGGACGAAACCGAUGUGUCUGAAUUUGUGCCACGUAAACGCGGGCGCAUCCUCAUAGAAAGUGAUGAAGAUUCGGACGAUUGGUGA